UUUCCCAGAAGAACUGGCCAACUACGGAAGAGGCAGUCACCACUAGCGCGUGGUCUGUUUUUGUAAGUUAGAUGGUAACUUACUGUACCUUGUGAGAUUCGUAUAACUAAAAACAUGUCUUCGGGUUCGGGGAGCUACGGCCAGUCUGAAGGUCAGCAGAGCUAUGGAUCGUAUAGCUCCCAAGGAAGCCAGAGCUAUGGACAGACUGGACAGAGCUAUGGACAAUCUGACAGUUAUGGUCAAAACUACGGGAGCAGUAAUGGGAGUUACGGACAUUAUCAAGGAGGUUAUGGUCAGGCAGCACAGCAGGGUUAUGGAUCCUCCAGUUAUGAAAAUCAAGGUUCAGGUAGUCAGCAGCCGUCGCAGGGAAGCUAUGGACAGCAGAGCACAGACACUUCAGGAAGCUAUGAUAAAGGAUCGGGAUCUUAUGGCCAACAAUUUAAUUAUAGUCAGCCACCACCACAGCAACAGAGUUCAUAUGGGCAGCAAGGUUCAUAUGGUCAGCCACCACCUCCUCCACCACCACCACCAUCAUCGUCGUCAUCAUCAUCAUCACAGCAGCAAGGUUCAUAUGGUCAGCCACCACAGUCACAGUCGUCACAGCAGCAAGGUUCAUAUGGACAGCCACCACCACCACCACCAUCAUCACAGCAGCAAGGUUCAUAUGGACAGCCACCACCAUCAUCACAGCAGCAAGGUUCAUAUGGACAGCCACCACCAUCAUCACAGCAACAAGGUUCAUAUGGGCAAUGGCAGCAAGGUUCAUAUGGGCAACAUUCUGGGCCACCGCAACAGGACAACUACGGAUAUCAGUCUAGCCCACCGCAACGUGACAGCUAUGGACAGCAGUCUGGCCCACCGCAACGAGACAGCUAUGGACAGCAGUCUGGCCCACCGCAACGAGACAGCUAUGGACAGCAGUCUGGCCCUCCGCAACGAGACAGCUAUGGACAGCAGUCUGGCCCUCCGCAACGAGACAGCUAUGGACAGCAGUCUAGCCCACCGCAACGAGACAGCUAUGGACAGCAGUCUAGCCCACCGCAACGAGACAGCUAUGGACAGCAGUCUGGCCCACCGCAGCGUGACAGCUAUGGACAGCAGUCUGGCCCACCGCAGCGUGACAGCUAUGGACAGCAGUCUGGCCCACCGCAGCGCGACAGCUAUGGACAGCAGUCUGGCCCUCCGCAGCGCGACAGCUAUGGACAGCAGUCUGGCCCUCCGCAGCGCGACAGCUAUGGACAGCAGUCUGGCCCUCCGCAGCGCGACAGCUAUGGACAGCAGUCUGGCCCACCACAGCGUGACAGCUAUGGACAGUAUGGUCGAGAUGAUGAUCGACAUGGUAUGAGUAGAUAUGGAGAUGAUGACAGAGGUCAUGGCAGGUCCCAAGGUGGAGGAGGUAGAGGGCGUGGGGGAUUUGGAUCAGAAGGAAGAGAUCGAUCGUUUGGCAUGGGUGGUGGUGACCGUGGUGGCGGCAAAAAUAUUGGUGGCCAGAGAGAUUUUGGACAGAGGUCUGAUGCAGGUUCUGACCAGGACAAUGCUGAUAACAACACCGUAUUUGUCCAAGGAUUAGGAGAGGAUGUCACUGUUGAACAAAUCGGAGACUUUUUCAAGCAGAUUGGUGUUAUUAAGAUAAAUAAGAAAACUGGCAAGCCAAUGAUUAACUUGUAUACAGAUAAGGCAACAGGCAAAUCGAAGGGAGAAGCAACCGUGUCUUUUGACGAUCCUCCUUCUGCAAAGGCAGCCAUUGACUGGUUUGAUGGGAAGGAAUUCCAGGGUACUGUCAUCAAAGUUUCCUUUGCUACAAGGCGUCCAGAGUUUAUGAAAGGAGGCGUGGGUGGACGUGGAGGUGAGUUUUACUUUUUGUUGGCAUAG